UGAUGGGCAUGAGGCCUGAGGGUGAACUAUGAUCUGUAUUUCACUACACAUACAUACGUUUCAUAAUCUUGUAAUGAAAACAAAGUUUAACCUACGAAUCACAGCUCAGACUUGAUACAAAAAUGAUCUCAAUUAUAUUUCAUCUUCUUCAUUACUAUUUUAAAAUUCCUGCAAACACCUGGUAACACAGUUUGUUACUCUCGAUUUUCGAUUUUCAUUUUUAAGUUUAGUUCUCGUUUGAACUCAAGCCGAAACAUAAAUAUUUCGAUCAUGCCAUCUCGUUAUGUUUCAUCACGUAGACUCCUCCAAUACUCCGCCACCGCACACCACCACCACAAACCUCACCUCCUUGCUCCUCUCCUCGCCGUCGCCGCUGCCACCUUGAUCAUCCUCAUAGCCUUUAUUUUUCACUAUUUUCGCAAACUCGCUCACAAAACCACCUUAAUAAACACCACCUCCACGGGACCUCACCGCUUCUCGUACUCAACUCUUCGUCGUGCCACCUCUUCUUUCUCCACUAGAAACCUCCUCGGACAAGGCGGCUCUGGCUCUGUUUAUUCGGGAAAAAUAAACAAACAAAAUGUUGCUGUUAAGGUCAUGGACGCUGGUUCUCUACAAGGCGAGCGUGAAUUUCAGAAUGAGCUUUUCUUGGCUGCUAAAUUUGAGUCUUAUUACAUUUUGUCACUUGUUGGUUUCUGUUUGGACAGACAAAGGCGUCGCAUGUUGCUUGUUUAUGAACGCAUGACUAAUGGGAGCUUACAGAAGUGUUUACUGCAGUGUAAGUCUGUUGAACUUGAUUGUUGGAAAAUUCGGUUUUUAAUUGCGGUUGAUGUUGCUAAGGGAUUAGAAUAUUUGCAUCAUGGUUGUGAUCCUCCUGUUAUUCAUGGCGAUAUUAAGCCUAGUAAUAUUCUUUUGGAUGAUGAUUUUAAUGCGAAGAUUGGUGAUUUUGGUCUCGCCUCGUUGAAGAUGAAAGAUUUUGCUGUAAUUCAGAUGGAAGAAAAGGAUAGUGUGAUUAAUGGGAGUACUUGUAAUGAAUUGGAUUUUGGUUUGGAUCAGUCUCCGGAGAGUUGUGUUACACUUACAAUUACGGAGGAAUUGACAGAGGGAGGAUCGCCGUUUGAAGAGAAUUCUGGAAGGGUUGAUGGGGAGAGUGGAAUGGAAACGGUGAAUGGGGAAAUGAAGAAGGAUUUGUGGAGGAAGCAAGAUGAUGAUGUGGUAGAACAGGGAGUGGUGAAAGAUUAUGUGAUGGAAUGGAUUGGAAAUGCAAUUAGGAAAGAAGAGCCAAAGAAUGAUUGGAAUGGAGGCUCAUCAAAGCCAGGGGUGAUGGGGAAAUCAGAGAGGAAGAAGAAGAGUAAGAGGAGGUUGGAUUGGUGGGUGUCAUUAGAUGAGGAAAAGAACAUAAAGAAAGAUAAGAGAAGGCCUGCUAGGGAGUGGUGGAAGGAGGAGUAUUGUGAGGAACUUAGUAGAAUGAAAAAGAAGAAGGAGAAGCAGGGGAAAAACAUGUCUGCAGUUGAUCACGAGGAUAAUAUGUGGCCAACGGACGUUGAUGAUGUGUAUGUGAAAAGGAAGGUGAAAAGGAGUAAGAGCAAGGGUAGUGUAGAUUGGUUUUCUGAUGGAGUAAGUAGUGAACUCGGGAGAGGUAGGCGUAGUAGUCAUGAUUCUGUGAGUGGAGAUAUUCCUAGAAGUUGUGGUAUUAGUAGCACUCCAAGUAUGAGGGGAACUGUUUGUUACAUUGCUCCCGAGUAUUGCAGUGGUUCCACUCCCUCGGAAAUGUCUGAUGUUUACAGCUUUGGAAUGGUGCUGUUGGUUCUGAUUUCAGGGCGUAGGCCACUUCAAGUUACAGGAUCCCCAAUGAAGGAAUUUCAGCGUGCUAAUCUACUAUAUUGGACAAGGCAUCUUGCCCGUGCAGGAAAACUUCUUGAUCUGGUUGAUCAGUCGAUGAAAUCUCUAGACACUGAGCAGGCUUUACUAUGCAUCACAAUAGCACUUCUGUGUCUGCAAAAAUCACCUCUACUCCGGCCUUCUAUGAAAGAGGUGGCAGCAAUGCUAACUGGAGAAAUGGAACCCCCAGUAUUGCCAGUUGAGCUUUUGCCUUCACCAAACUCCCCCUUGGCAUCAAAGUCUCGCAAGAAGCCACAAUGAGGGUGUAAUAUCAUGUGUUAGUAUACUGUAUAGUCUUAUCACCUGUAAAUUAUUUUACCUUGUUUGAUUUGCAUGUAAAUACCGAAUCAAAUUACAUUACUAAUAUUUGUUUAGCUUUGUUGAGUAAAAUUCUUGUUUGGAAGAUUA